AUGACCGCUGCUACUGCCAACGGAAACCAUGCUAUUGACGAUCCAGUAGUUGUCAAAGUUCAAUCUGCUUCUCCAAUCGAAGAGACAACUCUUUUCGAGGAGCUCUAUCAAAUGGAAUGUUUUAGAACUGGAGAGUUUUACCUCAAAUCCGGACAAAUGACUCCAAUUUAUAUUGAUCUGCGCAGAAUCAUGAGUUCGCCACGCGUUCUCAGAAUGGCUGCUCAAGCUAUGUGUGAUAAACUUGUUGCAAAAAAUAUCAAGUUUGAUUAUGUUGUCGGUGUUCCAUAUGCUGCUCUUCCACUUGCUACGCUUGUCUCUGAUAUCCUCAACACACCAAUGCUGAUGAAGAGAAAAGAGGCUAAAGCUUACGGCACAAAACAAUUGAUCGAAGGAGUCUAUCAACCAGGGAAAACUGUGCUUCUAGUUGAAGACGUUGUUACUUCUGGAGAAUCUAUUCGCGAGACAGCAGAAGCCAUUCGCAAAGAAAGUUUGAAAGUGACAGACGCUAUUGCAGUUUUGGACAGACAGCAAGGUGCAUCUGCCAAUCUUGCUGAAGAUAAACUCAACUUCAUGAGUUUCCUGACCAUGGAAGGAAUUCUUGAUGGCCUCAUAACAAAGAACGAGAUGACAGAAGAGCGAAAGCAUCAGAUCAUCGAGCAUCUCGCCAAACCCUUCUAA